AUUGGUCAAUGCCUUGUCCGGGUUGUGAUGUAAGAUGAGGAGAUCAUUUCUUCCAUUCAGACUUCAAGAGACAGGUGAACAGUAAGACUGACAGUAUGGUGAAAGCUGUGAUUCUGAUUUCUGUGCUGGUCCUGGGGUAUACCUGGACUCUCCAGGAUGUGGGUACUGUGGAGCUCUCUGUGGAUCCUUCAGAAUUGGACAGUGCUUCUGAUGAGGACACUAGUCGUAAUGCAACAGAGUUCAAUGCAACAGAGGCCUGUGUAGUAGCACCAGAGGCAGGUCAAUGUAUGGGACUUCUAAAACGUCACUUCUAUAACUCCACCUCAAUGAACUGCCAAGUGUUCUCCUACCAUGGAUGCGGCGGAAACCAAAACAACUUUAAAACUAAGAAAAAGUGUUUGGAGGGAUGUCACCCUGACGAGACCUGUACAGCAGCACCAGUGACAGGUCCAUGUAAGGCACGAAAGCCACGUUACUUCUACAACUCCACCUCAAUGACCUGCCAAGUCUUCAUCUAUGGAGGAUGUGGUGGAAACCAGAACAACUUUUUAACUGAAAAACAUUGUCUAAAGAGAUGUCACUCUAAAGAGGUUUGUAAAGAAGCACCAGAGACAGGACCAUGUAAGGCACGUAAGAUGCGUUACUUCUACAACUCCACCUUAAUGAGAUGCGAAAUCUUCGUCUAUGGUGGAUGUAGUGGAAACCAGAACAACUUUAGAACUGAGAGACAGUGUAUGAAAAAAUGCCACCCCAAAGCCAACUGAGAUUCAGUGCAGAAGAACCUGUUCCCUGAAGGCAAACUGAGCGAAAUGAGUGAACAUUUGCUGCUCAUCUGAACUCAUCACACAAAGAUGCAACAAGAACCAACUUCACAAAAGCAGCACAUCAAAUAAAUAUCAUAAUUUUUUGUCAUCACUUACAGAAUAUGUUAUAAGUUAUAUCCCAACAGAUCAACAAUAAAAUAAGUCAUUACUCUGUUUGGCUCUGUGGAGCAGAACUGAAUUAGUAGAUCACCCAAACAGGAUCAAAAGAUGAUUACACUGUUUUGUAACAAAUCAAAUAUUGUAAGUUUUUCCUGAGAAUUUUUUUUCUGAUAAAAGCUGAGACAAAGCUAUUAUUAACAUUCUGCUAAUGAAAAUAUGUCAAAUAACAACAAUGUGUAAUGACCUAACAAACAGCUCUGCUGCUCUCCUUAGCUUUAUGGAGUAUGAAAAGGUGGCUCCUCUCCCUUUCCACUGUGCCCCAGUAAUAUGUUGUGUAUUAAAAGACUAAUUUUGCUACAGUGUUUCUGUUGAUUUAUCGGUCAUGUUACGUAAAUAAAGGAAGUAUUAGUUGA